AUGAGAAAGUGUCACUACACAUCCAAUCAUGACCAACCUAUUUCACAAGAAACCGAGUUCAGAAGACAUUUUGGAGCGAAAGAACAAAAAGAUUUGCGAUAUACUGUAGAGUUUUCAAGAAAUUCAAGCCAGGUAGUCAUGGGCUAUGACACGGAAGAGGACAAGAAGGAAAAGUACAAGACAACGUACAAGAAUUACAUUCAUGAAUCUGCCAGUUCCAUCAACCACAAUAUUGAGAAGGCAAAACAAGAACGAACUAGACGUGAUGCAACCACAGAAUUCAUGAGAAAGAGUUCUGUCGAGCUUGGAACAGAAAAGCAUCCUCCUCUUUCGACCACUCAGAUCGACUUUCGUCCAGUGAAAUUUUAG